GACGCAGCUUCUACUCUCAUUUCCAACGCCUCAACCACCACCUGCCUGAGAAUCACAGAACUGCCGGCACCUCGCUUGAGUCUCUUCUGAUGGCUACCUCGGAGCCGUAGAUUCAGCUGCACCGCGGGCAGGCUCACUCAGGCUCCCCGGUCCUCACUGGGAAGGAAACUAGCUGCCUUCCUGCGGUCGAUUCUCCAUGGCCCCGGCGCGUUCAUGCUUGCCCUUCGAUCGGAUGGAGAAGCGCUAUGAAUAGUCUGUGCCCGGAAGCACAAGCGUAGUCGCAUGAAGCCACGAACAUCACGCACGACGUCAUAUCUGCGCCGCACCCAGCCCACGUUGCCCGCGUGUCCAAUUCUUGCGUGGGAGCGGGCGGUGGCGCAUGAGGGGCUAAGGUUGUCUGCCUGUCUCUUUGUUUGUCUGGCAGGCUGUCUUCCCGCUUCCUUUGAGUGCAUUACGUCUGUCUUACGAGCGUAUAAAAGCCAAAUGACUGUGCGUUUGUCUUUUGCCACCCAACCACGACGAUGCACGCCGCCGCUACGAUCACGACCCUCCUCUCGCUCUUUGCCAGCACCUACGCGGUCUCCAAUCUCCAGGGCCCCACCAACGCUGCCCCCGGGUCGAAUGUCACCGCGACCUGGUCCUCAGGCUCCUCUGACACCCAGACGAUGACCCUGGCGUUGCUCAGCGCUGACACCAACGUCACCUACCCGGGUGGAUUGGCUGUUGCCAACACUGUGGUUCCUGGCGACAACAAGGCCACGUUCCUGUUCCCCCCAACUGACCCUGGCACUUACAAGCUCGUCCUGUACUCUUCGUCCAACACGAGCGACGUCCUCGCGACGAGUGGAUCCUUCUCCGUUGGCGCCGCUGCCCCAGCCACGACGGCGUCUGGCUCCACCGCCCCGCCGGCAUCGUCUGCAUCCAGCAAGCCGGCGACCUCCUCGGGGUCCGUGAGCCACAGCGUCACCGCGCCCAUCGCCUCGAUCACAUCGUCCGCCGCGGCCGCCGCGUCGUCCAUCGCCUCCGGCGCGGUCUCCCAGAUCUCCAGUGUCGUUUCAGUAGCGUCGGCCGGUGCCUCGUCUGUCGCCGUCAGCGCCGCCAGUGCCGCCAGUGUGAGUGCCGCCAGUGCCGCCAGUGCAGCGAGCGCAAGCGCCUCGGGAGCCAGGCCCAGCUCCUCUUCCAACGCCGCAGUACCCACGCACGCCGGCUCCGGGAUGGGCUUGGCUGCGUUCGUUCUGGGCCUCUUCAUGCUCUGAGUGGGUGUGCGGGAGCUAGAUCGACGGACGGACGGACGACGGACUGCUCGCACUCUCUUCCAAAAGCCAUUCACGUCUUACUUGCGGUCUCUGUUUUGCAUCUGGGUGUACUGGACACUAGUUCUUUCGUUGUUGUUGUUGUUGUUCGUGCACGUGCGUGAUACAUAGGUGUAUGUAACUCUGUAUGUGCCUUCUUGCUUGUGAUACAUAUACCCUGGGUCGUUUUCAUCUUCACCGUGAUGGCUGAUGGCUAGGGGACGCCCGUGUAUGGACAUGUGUGAUGUCCUGGGGAGAGAUAAUGGCACAGAUGGCUGCCCAGAUCUUCCUUGGCCCGUCGUGUGAAUUGUGGGCCAGCCCGGGAGGACAAUGUCAAAAAUAUGAUGUCUCAAAAAGGAAAUCGAUCAUCCCCGACAUCAAUUCAUUGUCGUCGCGCUUUGGAGGAAGGGCCCGACGGUAUAUAAGACCAUGCUGAUCCGCCGAAAGACCCCACAUCACCCGGAAUCUCUCAUCUCUUGCACGAAUCUGGUCCGGCACCAGCAACAACGAAACAUUCUCUCAUACCUCUAUUUCAUUGUCAUCAUCAACCAUGCCUCGUAUGACCAAGCGCGCACGCCAGCCCACACCUCUCUCCAACGUGACGAACUUCCAUGACAUCGAGCUCGAAGAAUCCUCGCGCAUGAUGGUCGAAGAUGAAUGCAGCGCCAUGUACGGUAUCGAUGGGACGGGCCCGACGACCCCGCCCCGCCGCCCACCCGGCAUCUACUCCAAGGACCCAGAGCGCGUCGAGCAGCCGGAGUUCGCCACAAUUGAGGUGGAGGAAAUGGAGGAUGUGGAUGAAGAGCCCAAGCGUACGACGCCCGAGCCGAUCAACCUGCUGUAUCGCCACUUCCACAAGCAGCUCAAGCGCAGCACCGACACGCGGCGCGUCAUCUCGAAGCUCCUGCGGCAGGGGGCCCAGGACGACGCCUUCACGGAGCCCAUAGCCACGGUGACGCGCAUGCUCGGCGUGGACGCCUACUGCGGGGAGGAAACCUGGGGAGAGCGCGUCGGAGACUUGCUGAGCGAUGUCUUCACCGCGUACUGGCAUGCGGAGGGCCCGUGGUUCGCCGAAGAAUGGGAGGCCGCGGUCGACCCCGACGGCCAGGCAGAGAAGGGCGCCUACCGGCGCUCGCGCGGGAUCAACCUCGCGCGCCUCACCGGGGCCUUCCUCGCCGAGGGUCUGCCGGCGCGCGUCAUCCCCGCCCUCCAGCUUCUCCUCGCCGCGCCCCCCGCGCGCUUCCGCCUCGCCGCCAUCCACCAGAUCGUCUUCUGCGCCGCACACGCUGCGCACGCGCCGGAGAUCCGCGCGGUGUUGGUAGGCAAGGACGGGCUCGCGGCGCUCGAGAGCGUCCGGGACUGGGAUCUCGAGAUCGGGUCGCCCAGGAAGCGCAGGGUGCAGCGCCGGUUCGUAUGGGGCUGGGACGAGUGGUCCCAGCUUCUGGUUCUGGUGAGUCUCGGGUCUGGUGUCGCGUAUGCGGUCGCUGACCCCGUCUGUAGGAUGUCUUCCGCAUGCUCGGCGAGCCCGAGAGUACCACCGCAGUCUCGUUCUAGCGAUCCAUCCUCCACUCACGACCACACUCCUUGUAUCUCUUUCAAAACUGAUUCCGACCUCGACUGUAUCGAUAGCUUACGACCAGCGUUAUAAUCCCCCUAUGUUCGUUUUAGUCUACAUUUCGGUAGCGCAUGUACUUGUGUUCACCUUUCCCCGAAUACAUCUGCGACUGGAAGAAAAAGAGAGAGUAGUGGUGAAGACUGGCUUUGCCUUGAGCGUGGCAAUUGAAUGUGACAGACUUGCCUGUGACAUCAACGUCCUGUGUCGCGAGCUACGAUGUUUCACCCACCCCCAUGUGUGGCCAUUGAUGCCUGUCAUCUAGGCAUCUUAGGCUUUAAGCUUUCACAUCUGACUCCUCGUCUUCGAAAGUUGCGCUGCGCGCACACCUAUCCAUAAUGCCUUCGAACGAACCGGCUUACCUCGAUCUGAUCCUCGUCGGCGACUCUGGUGCGGGCAAGACAUCGCUCUCUGCGCGGUUCAGCGACCCGCAGCUGGUCUGGUCAGACAGCAAGCCCGGGACCUACGGCAGCAUCGGAAACACCGUCGACCUCCACCCCGAUCCGGCAGAAUCGACCGCCGGGGUACCGCAGCAGACGAAAAUGGAUGUGCGGGACACCGUUGGCUCCGGGGGCUUUGACCGCACCCGGCCGCUCGCGUACCCCACGGCGGACGUCUUCGUGCUGUGUUUCGCGGUGAACGACAGGGCGGCGCUGGCGCGUGUCCGGAACAGGUGGAUCCCGGAGAUCAGGCAUCACGCGCAUUCGACGGUCGUGGUGCUGGUGGGCACGAAGAGUGACUUGCGUACGGAUCGCGAGGACGGGGCUACAUGCUGGACCAGGGAGG